UACAUGAGAGUUCACUAGAUGUAUAUCAUGUACAAGUGUUGCCAUAAGUUACUGUAGCUAGUCUUAUCCAGUCUUAUCGCACAGUAUCACAUGUUAAAAUGGUGUUUCUAGAAUGUUGGUGAUAGCUUUAUGAUUGUAUCGUAUGUUAUACAAAGUUGAAAUUAUUGUCAACACUGAAAACCUUUCAAAAUGUUAUUUCAAUUUUGCAAACUAUGUUGUAACAACGUUGACUCAACAUUUAUAAAGUUUUCAAGGCAUUAUGCAAGAGCGUUAGUUAACAAGAAACAAAGAGAAAUACAAACAAAAGAUGAUGUAGAAGAAAAAAACAAAACUAUGGUACCAAUAAUAAAGUGCAAAAGGAAAUCCUUCAAUUUCUACAAAGGUCAAACUUACUCAAAACAUGAGAAGAUAUUAUUAGCUAGUAAAGGAUGGCAGCAUCGUCUAUCUAAAGGAGAUUAUUUUUUCAUAUAUCCUGAUGACAAUGAAGUUAAAGUUGAAGAAAGCAAAGAAUUAGAUUUUGGAACAUUUAAUGAUUUUAAUUUAGAGCCUUCUAUAUAUGAUAGUUUACAAAAUACAGAGUUUAAAAAACCUUUACAAAUUCAGCACUUGGCAAUACCAAAAAUUCUUGAAGGUCAUAAUAUAGUUUUAGCAGCUGAAACAGGUUGUGGAAAAACAUUAGCUUAUCUUUUGCCAAUGAUCCAUCGAAUUUUGCAGUGGAAACAGAUUACAUACAGAGACAAAAACUGUCCACUAGGCUUAAUUGUGACACCUACUAGAGAAUUAGCAGUACAAAUUGCGCUAGAGGCAAUCAAACUAUGUAAACCUCUUGGUGUUCAAAUAAAAAUGAUCACUGGUGGAAAUACAAUGAAAAUAAUGCAAGAUCCUCCAGUUGACUAUGUGGACAUCCUUGUUGGUAGUUUUGGAGUCCUUAGUAAAUUAACUACGUUUCAUGUUUAUAAACUCGACUUUGUGAGAUUCAUAGUUUUAGAUGAAGCAGAUGCCUUGUUUCAUUACACUUUCGAAGAUAAACUUAAAGUCUUUAUGGAAAAAUUAGCUGUUGGAGACUGUCAAGAAAACGACAAGCAGAAGUUACCUCAAACAGCUCAACUUAUUUUAGCUUCUGCCACAAUCCCAGCGCGUACGCAACAAGUUUUAAACGAUAUUGUGAAUGUAAAGUCAUUGCUGUAUAUACAAACAGAAAAGUUACACAAAAUCUUGGUGGAGCAGAAGUUUAUGAGGAUGGGUAAAUCUGAUAAACCAGCAGAACUUUUGAAAUAUAUAAAGCCUAAAGCAGCAAGAAAUCAGCCUGUAAUUGUAUUUUGUAAUACAAAUAGCACUUCUUAUUGGCUCUAUUUGUUCUUAAACGAAUGUGGUAUAAAAACUACAAUUUUAAAUGGCACUAUGCCGUUAAGUUUACGGCGAGGCAAAUAUGGUGAAUUUAUAAAUGGUAAAGUUAAUGUAUUAUCGACGACCAAUGCGGGCUCUCGAGGUUUAGACACAGUGAUGGCCAAUCACGUUUUAAAUUACGAUUUUCCAUUGGAUACAGCUUCGUACAUUCACAGAUGUGGUAGAACUCAGAGAGUAGGUACCAAAGGCAAUUGCAGAGUGACUCAUUUUAUCAGUACAGAAUUAGAAGUAGUUUUCGUUCGAAAAAUUGAAUAUUCGGUUAGAAAACAGAAACCUUUGCCCAUUGUUGAUUUCGGAGACCCAUACAAGAACGAAGAAGACAUGAAAGCAAAGGAUGAAAACGAUGCAAAUGAUACUGAAUUUUACGAAGAAUUUGAAGAAGAAGUACAAGACAUAGACAAAGCAGAACAUAUUCCAUUCUAAAACAUACAUUUUUGUUACUCAAUAUAAAUAAAAGUACAUCGAUAUAAUCAUGAGA